AUUUGUGAUGUUUUUUCGUUAAAAGACAAGUGGGUAGUUUUUUUAAGAACCAAGUUUCUCCUGUCACUUGACCUUUUCUCUCUCACAAGUAUAUCUCUGUUUAUGCCCUUUUUCGAAGGUAUUUCCCUUGGCAUAUUCUCAAUAUUCCCACCUUUUUACCAUAAAAGCAGUUCGCUAAUAACAAUAAUAAACAAAAUGGGACUAGUAUUAUUUUAUUUGCAACCAUUUGAUCUUUCAAUUGUCAACACAUCGAACGGCCAAUAUCACACAAAAAAUUGAAUAUUUUCAAAAAUCAUAAAAACCAUCUUUCUUUCUAUAAAUACCCUCCCAACCGUUGGUUCUAUAACCCAUAACCUAGCGUAAACCUCAAUCAAAUAUCCUUCUCUUUCUGUGUCUUGUCCCGCAAAACCCUUCCCUUGUUCAUCAUCAAUAUGGCAGCUUUAGGCCGCAUAGUUGUGAUUUUCGAUUUCGAUAAAACGAUCAUCGAUUGUGAUAGCGAUAACUGGGUAUUGGAUGAGUUGGGUGCUACCGAGUUGUUCAAUCAACUCCUCCCUACCAUGCCUUGGAACUCUCUUAUGGAUCAAAUGAUGAAGGAACUUCAUUCACAAGGAACAAAAAUUGACGACAUUGUAGCUGUUCUGAAAAGAACUCCGAUACAUCCCCGAAUCAUCCAAGCCAUUAAAUCAGCUCAUGCUUUAGGGUGUGAUUUGAAGAUUGUAAGUGAUGCGAACAUGUUUUUUAUCGAGACAAUUUUGGAGCAUCAUGGCCUGAGAGAAUAUUUCUCAGAGAUCAACACGAACCCAGGUUUUGUUGACGCAGAAGGCAGGCUAAGGAUCUUCCCUCACCAUGAUUUUACUAAAUCUCCUCACGGAUGCGAUAGUCCAUGCCCUCCAAACAUGUGCAAGGGUAUUGUGAUUGAAAGGAUUCAAGCUUCUCUAACCAUGGAGGAGAAGAAACCAAUAAUAAUCUACCUCGGUGAUGGGAUGGGUGAUUUCUGCCCAAGUUUGAAGCUUGGUGAUGGAGACUAUGUAAUGCCAAGGAAAAAUUUCCCAGUUUGGGACUUGAUUUGCAAAAACAGGAGGCUAAUAAGAGCAGAAGUUUGCGAAUGGAGCAAUGGAGAGGAGUUUGAGCAUGUGUUGCUUCAGCUUGUUAGCAGGAUUUCCAUUGCCAAGAACAACAUUAAUGCUGGCAAUACAGCUCAGUUGUAUUCAGAUUGCAAACUACAAACAUUAAUGCCAGGCGCUGCCAGUGAAGCCUUCUCACAGACCCUCUCGGUUCCACAUUAGAAUUCACUAAAGAUUGUCAAAUUAAUUUCUGACAAUUUCAUGUCUUUUAGCUCUAGUAGAGUGCAGUAAUCUGUAGUUUUAUUAGUUGAAAAACGUCAAAUAAUUGAAUAGCUGUGUACUUUUUUAUCGAAAUAACAUAUUAUGAAAAGCAAUUUUAUCUUGAAAUUGCGUUAACUUUA